UUGAUUAUUGUUAUAACAAUAUUUAUUACAUCUUGUAAUGGCAUCAAAUGAUGGAAUUCCACCUCCUGCUGCGGUACCUGGAUUUCCACCAGCAGCACCUAAUAUGACGCCUGGUUUCGUACCACCAAUUAUGCCUGCAGCAUCAUUUAUUGCAUCUCCUAGUUUACCACCUGGUCCACCAGGUAUAAUGCCACCGCAGUUUUCUAUUCCACCACCUGGUUUUAGUUUUCCAAUAACUGCUGCUCCUGCACCAGAAGCCGGAGUAAUAGCAGCACCACCACAAAUAACAGCGCCAGGACUUCCUCCUCCAACUCCAUUAGCUAGUGAUACCCCAUCGGGUAUACCUGUGUCUUCAGAGAAAAAAUCAGAUUGGACCGAACAUAAAGCUCCAGAUGGUCGUACUUAUUAUUAUAAUAGUAUUACUAAACAAUCUUUAUGGGAAAAGCCAGAUGAAUUGAAAACCCCGAGCGAAUUAAUGUUAUCGCAAUGUCCAUGGAAAGAGUAUAAAUCAGAAAAUGGAAAAAUAUAUUAUCAUAACGUAACUACUAAAGAAUCUAGAUGGACUGCUCCUCCAGAAUUAGAAGAAUUAAAAAAUAGAAUUGCUGCUGAAGAGGCUGCAGCUGUUGCAGCUGCGGUAGUUGCUAGUGCUACAAAUACAAUAGUUCCAGUAGCUAUACAACAUUUGUCUCCAAAUAUUAGUACUUUAUCGCAAACAAGCACUCCUGAACCUGGAGGAAAAUCUGCAAUCGAACAAGCUAUGGCUGCAACACUCGCAGCAAUAAAUAUUCCAACACCACCUACAAAACCAGAUGAAGAUAGUAAUUCUGCGAAAGGAUCAGCAAAUGAUAGUCGGACUAGUACUCCUGAACCCAAAAUGAUGUUCAAAGAUAAAAAAGAAGCAAUAGAAGCAUUUAAAGAAUUAUUGAAGGAAAGAGAUGUGCCAUCUAAUGCUACAUGGGAGCAAGCAGUAAAACUUAUUCAAAAUGAUCCAAGAUAUCCACAAAUGAAAAAAUUAAACGAACGUAAACAAGCAUUUAAUGCAUAUAAAACGCAGAAGCUCAAAGAGGAACGGGAACAAGAAAGAUUAAGAUUAAAAAGGGCUAAAGAAGAUUUAGAACAGUUUUUGUUGGAAAAUGAAAGAAUGACAAGUACUACGAAGUAUUAUAAAUGCGAAGAAAUGUUUGGCAAUUUAGAACUGUGGAGAGCAGUGGGAGAUCCGGAUAGAAGAGACAUUUACGAGGAUGUUAUAUUUAAUUUGGCAAAACGUGAAAAGGAAGAAGCUAAACAAUUAAAAAAACGAAAUACCAAAAGGCUUUCCCAUGUUUUAGACUCAAUGACAGAUGUAACGUAUAGAACUACGUGGCAAGAAGCACAAGCAUUGCUCUUGCAACAUGCAGCCUUUGCGGAAGAUGCAGAUUUACUUGAAAUGGACAAAGAAGAUGCUUUGUUAGUAUUUGAAAAUCAUAUUCGACAUUUGGAAAAGGAUGAAGAAGAAGAAAAAGAGCGAGAGAAAAAGAGAAGAAAAAGACAAGAAAGAAAAAAUCGUGAUGGUUUUAUUAGUUUAUUGGACGAACUUCAUGAACAAGGAAAAUUAACAUCUAUGUCUCUUUGGGUAGAGCUUUACCCAAUGUUAUCCGCAGAUUUACGUUUUUCGGUUAUGUUAGGACAGCCAGGAUCAACUCCUCUUGAUUUAUUCAAAUUUUAUGUCGAAGAUUUAAAGUCUAGGUUUCACGAUGAAAAGAAAAUUAUUCGUGAAAUUCUUAAAGAUAAAAAUUUUGAGGUACAAGUCAGUACAACUUUCGAAGAAUUUGCAACGGUUGUUUGUGAAGAUCGAAAGUCUGCCACUUUGGACGCAGGAAACGUUAAAUUGACGUACAAUUUGCUUCUCGAAAAAGCCGAGGCACGGGAGAAGGAACGAGUUAAAGAGGAAACGCGUAAAUUCAAGAAAUUAGAGACGAGUUUUAAAAAUUUAUUGAAAACCAUUAGCGUAGAUUAUCAGAUGACGUGGGAAGAUGUGAGAAAUAAAUUGGAAGAGGAGCCUGAUUUUAAAGCGAUAACAUUAGAAAGUGAGAGAAUACGUAUUUUUAAGGAUUAUCAACACGAGCUUGAAGAAAGUUGUAGUCAUCAUCAUAUAAGAAGUAAAAAGAAAAAAACCAAAAAGAAGAACCGAAAAUCCCGAUCUCGAUCGCAUAGUGAGUCUGAAUGCAGUGAUAAAGGAUUUAAAAAGAAACAACGCAAAUCGCGUUCCGCAAGUAUAGCCAGCAAAUCAGAAAGUUCCGAAUCCGAUACGAGAAAGACGAAAAAAAAGAAGAGUAAAAAGAAGAGAGGUCGAAGUCAUUCCCGUUCUCACUCAAGAUUACCGUCUUCCGAAGAAUCUCCGGAGAGAAGGCGGAAAGAGGAAAAACACAGAAGACCAUCUGUUCAUAGCGAAGAAUCCAUUAACGAAAAUACGGAACAUCAUGAACUUUCCGAAGACGAAUUAGAAAAACAAAGAGCGCAACUUCUUCGAGAAUUGCAAAUGCAACAAGAAGACAAUUAAUUCAUAUAAGGAGAUAAAUAAAAUAAAGGUUUUGUUUAUAAUUAUCUAUUAGAUUUAUGAUAUUUCCGUCAAAUUUACUUUCUAUGCAUAUAUUAUUAAUUUCUAAUAAAUAGAAAUUCUUUCACAAGAAUAUAUUGAUACACAUAUGCAUACAUAUACAGGGUGGACCAUAUAAAGAAGAAGACGCAAAUACUUUUUUGUUUAUAAUUAUAUCCAACAAUUUCAAAGGAAAAAGUUGCAUUAUAACCUUGAAGUCUAUUUAAAAUUGACCUUGAAAGAAAAUUCUUUCAACCAUUAGAUUUCCCUUUGCAAUAGUAUUACGUUUUUCUAUGAAAUUUUUUAAUACCAUUGUAAAUAAAGAAGCUAUUCAAAGUGGUCAGAGUUAUUAUCCCACCUUGUAUAUAUAUAAGGAAAUAUAUUUAAUUCAUUGACUAAUCUAUUGAAUUUCGCAUAGCAACCCUUAACAGUAUUAAUCAAAUGUAAGUAUAUAUGUACUUACAUUACUAUGUAUUGUAUAUAUAUAUAUAUAAUAGAUAAGUGUAGAUAGAAUACUGAUAAGGAAUGCCCCUAUUCGUUUGCUUUUAUUGUUUCACUUUGUUAUAUUUUUGCAUGCCAUUAGGCGCAAUUUUCUUUUCUACAUGGGUAACCAAAGUUGUAUAUUUAUGGGAUAUACGAAUAGUGCGGUAGUGCUGAGUCUCACAGAACAUUAAACAUUAAAUAAAGAAAAUCAAUUAAUGUUUUUAUUUUUAAUUAUCAUAUAAGUUAAUA